AUUCUUAUUCCUAUUCAGAUUCCUUUUCCAAAUCCUAAAAUAAUUGAUUCCAAACAAAGCGUAAGAGAUAAGAAUCAACCCUAGAACUAGAAGUCUAGAGCGGGCAUGUGCUCUUCAGAUUCACCGGUACGAUCUCGAGGGCAGCCAUCCAAGUCUCUAUCAAAAAGUCAAGCACUACAUCAUAUCUGCAGAUCGAGUCUGUGCAAUCUUACAAAGCAAGCGUUCAUCUUCUCCUGCUAUCUGCGAAAUCAAUUCCCAUGGAGAAAACAACAAUAUGUGAGAAGGCUGAUAAAGGAGCACUGUGUUUGGAAGAUUACAUUAGUGGACUUCCUAAUGUUCUCCUUGUUUCGAUCUUGUCACUAUUGACGAUGAAAGAAGCCGCAAGAACUAGUCUGCUAUCAAAGAGAUGGAGGUGUUCGUCAGUUCCAGGCUUAGAGCUUGAUCGUGCUGAGCAGAUACAGUCACUCACUCCUUCGGCUACGUAGGAUUACUUUUCAUGUUUUAGUUUUGGAUUUUGUUUCCGUACUUUACUUUCAUUUGGGAUGUUAUUAGGGGUCCACCAGAUGGAUUCCCGAGUUGUAUGUUUUUUGAGAUAUUAGAAGUUUGGAUUUUAUUGGUUUUAUAUUUUGAGGAUUUUAAUACUUAGAA